AAAGCACCCAAUUUUUCGGGGUCUCGCUCACUCGGACCGUGCAGUACGAGGAUGCUUCUUUUAGGUUUAAUGUGCAGGUCUGUUGGGAGAAAUGGGGGCUUCCUGGGCGAGAGUGUGGCUCACCUGUGGCUUGAUUUUCAGCAACAGAUGACUUUCUAAAAGAAGUAAGCUCAAGCCUAGAUCUACAUAUAUUCUGUAAUAGACGUGUGUGGAACUUGAACAUUCUGAAGGUAAGAUUCGUCAUUUGUACCUUAACACUCACACAUAGACACACCAUUUCUGAUUCCAACAAUUUUCAUGGUAACUAACGAGAGGAGUGUAAGGCAUCUGGUUUGGAUUUCCUGCCUCUUGAGCCAGCUUUGCCAACUAAUGUCAUUUGGCAAUCAGUGUCACCUCCCUCUUCAGGUCUUUUUUGCUCUGUUUCACCCUCACUCUUGUGCUCCGUCUUGUACGAAUCCACAUUCCAUUCCCAACAUAAAUUCCUUAAUGGUUUAACGCCUUAAGUUACCUCACAAAUCAGGAUCUUCAUGUCGAGGACCUUGUCCCAGACCACCACCACCGACCGAACGACCGACUUUUAAUGUACGAUUUCAUCCAUCUGGAUCCUGAGCGAGCCAAAGUCAUGGUAGUUGUUAAAGAGCAUCUGUGCAUCAACAAUUUUCCCCCUUCCCUAUAUAGUAUGUACUCUAUGCCAAAGUAGCUCAUGAAUGAGAUUCUUUCUUUCAGUUGCAGCUGCUCCUUACCUUCGGCAAGCUCUCGUUGAUCAUCACCCUCAUCAACGGCAUCUUCUGGCCCAAGAGUGUCUUGAGGGGGGAAAUCAUCUUCCUUUUUCCAUCCAUUCACUCAUCCAGCUAUCUAGCCACCACCCACUUAUUCUAUAUGCUUUUGAGUUUGUCGGGAUCAGAUCGAUGGAUCCCUAGCCAUAACGAACGAGCCGAAGGGAGACACAGAGUACCCUGCGUAUGAGCCGUGUUGAUAGACCAACAUCACGACAAAGACGGCGACGGCGACGACGAAUUGCUCACCUAAGCGAAACGGAACGAACAAGGCGGAUCGAGGUCCACGGCUGAGAGAAACGCGAGGAGCUCCACAAGCACCAGGAGUACCAGUAUCUCCAGCAGGAAGAUGCCAAGAAGUUUCCUCAUUACCAGAGAUUAUUGCUCGGGAGAACAAAAGCUCCAGACAAUUGGCGAUGGAAAUAACAAUGGGAAUGCAUUGCUCGCCGCAUCUACGGGAGACAACAAAGAUGCGAAACCUCCUAUGCACAAGUCAUCAAGAUUGUCUGGGAUCAAGCGGAAAAGGCCACAAAGAGGCAGAGGACGCCAAGAUGAUCCCGGUAGCGCCUCCUCGUAUUCCACCAUCAAGUCGAGAAGUAAGCCAAAUAAGCCCUUGGAGAAGAUUAAUGCCGUAGGAUCAACCAAAACUACUCAGGAUUUGAAGACUGAAGCAGACGAGAACGUCAGCGGAGCUGUAACCAAAGAUGGUGACUUUGAUACAAAUGGGGCGCAAAACGAACUCAAGGAGGAUGAAUCUCGUAAAAUUGAUACCAUGGCAUUGGACCCAGCUGUUGCUUCUUCCAAAGGUGGAACAGAAUCAGGCCACGAACCCACUGACAAAAUAACGGUUUCCACCAGUGAAUCUAAAGAUGGAGAGGCUUUAGAUAUGGUUCGAGCAGACCAUGACUAUAUCGACUUGUUGGUCGAUGUUAAAGACGAAACUGCCGAAAUCAACACAAACAACAACAACAACAACAACAACGAUCUCUUUAAUCUGAACCAAUUGGCGGAGGUCAGUUUGGCCGAGGAGGGCAAAUUAGAAGACGACAUUCUGGCGGCUAAAAUCCAAGAAGUGCGAAUCAAACAAGCCAAUCCCCCCACCACUCGUACGAUGAAGAUCGUUGUACCUGAAAACGCCAGUCACAUCAUUAUAUGUACAAAAGAUAACCCGGACGGCGACCACAAAGUGCUUGAUCUAGCCAAAGUGGGAAAAGUGAGGCGUUCAAGUUCCAAAUCGAAUCCACCGGUUGUGGGCGGGGAAUUUGUUUGCUCAGAUUGUGGGAAAAAGUACAGCACAUCAAGCAAUCUGGCCAGGCAUAAACAAACUCACAGGUCCUUGUCUGACAAGAAAGCGAAGAAAUGUCCGCAUUGCCACAAAGUGUACGUGUCAAUGCCAGCUUAUGCCAUGCAUCUUAGAACCCAUAAUCAAAUGUGUAAAUGUCAUCUUUGUGGAAAGUCAUUCUCAAGGCCUUGGCUCUUGCAAGGCCAUAUUCGAACGCACACAGGCGAGAGACCGUACCAAUGUGAUGUGUGCCAUAAAGCCUUUGCCGACAAAUCCAACCUCCGAGCCCAUACUCAAACACACUCGACCAAGAAACCUUUCAUUUGCGAAACAUGCGGGAAAACGUUCGCUUUGAAGUCUUACCUUUGUAAACAUGAGGAAUCUUCGUGUAAUGGCAAGCAACCUCGAUGAACACGGUCGGAGCGUCGCAUGGUCUAUCUACAUACAACUUGAAAUACACAAGA